AUGCAGAGGUUUGUUCGUGGGUUUAAAAAGGGCCCCGAGUUGCCUAUUUCUUCAGACUAUGAUGAUGAGUUUAAGCCCAAGAGGCCUCGUCGAUCCACCUCGAAUAUGGUGCGUAGAUCAUUUCUUGUUGCUGGUAUGUUGAUAUUUUUGGGAUUUGUGAUUUACAUGGUUGUUGGAGGCCAGGGGAACCUAAGGAACCAGAGAAACCAGGGGAGCCCGAGGAGCCAGAGGAGCCAGAAAAGCCAGAGAGCCCAGAAAAACCAAGGGUACCAGGGGUAUCAGGGUGACUCGACUCUCUACAAGGCCCAGUCGGAGAAAUCCAGCGGCUCGUCCGAUUUUCCGGCUAUUCAGUCAGGUCUUACCGAAAUGGCUUCCGAUAGUGAUCCUAUGCCGGACACGGUUCACUAUUUCGACAUGAAAAACUAUGAGGGAAGUGCAGUAGACAAAUCAAACGAUCAGAGAGUGCUUCUUCUCAUUCCUCUAAGAAAUGGUGAGAAAGUUCUCCCGUUGAUGUUUCGUAACAUGAUGAAUAUGACCUACAACCACGAUCUUGUAGACGUGGCCUUUUUGGUAAGCGACUGUUCUAAGGGGGACAAAACGUUGGAAACACUUAGUAAAUAUACCAAGGCAUUACAGCAGCAGACGUUGCUUCCUCUUCUUGAAAAGAAGCAUAAACGAGUUGUUGGAAGUGGUGUCUUCGGUUCCAGUGAUAUGUAUGAGAAGUAUCUGCCGGAAGAUUACAAAGAGCGGGUCAGGAAAGCUUUUUCACCGCCUUAUCAUGACCAGUAUGCCAAGCCUUUCCACAAUAUAGAGAUCUUCCAGAAGGAUUUUGGCCAGGUGAUUGGCCAGGGAUUUUCAGAUCGCCAUGACGUUAAGAUUCAAGGAAUCCGGAGAAAAUUGAUGGGUCGUGCCCGGAACUGGCUUCUUUCUGCAGCUUUAAAACCGUAUCACUCCUGGGUUUAUUGGAGAGAUGCUGAUAUUGAGACCUCUCCGGGUGAUAUUUUGCAAUUCAUGAUGAAGUUUGCCGGGGACUUUGAUGUGGUUGUUCCCAACGUGUGGAGGCCGUUACCCACUUUCUUAGGGAAUGAACAGCCUUAUGAUUUAAACUCCUGGAUUGAGUCCGAUGCAGCCAUCAGUUUGGCACACUCCUUGGAUGAAGAUGACGUUAUAGUAGAAGGUUAUGCUGAGUACCCUACUUGGAGAGCACAUUUGGCCUAUAUUAGAGACCCGCAGGGUAAUCCAGAUGAGAUAGUUGAUCUGGAUGGUGUUGGAGGUGUUUCUAUUCUUGCCAAAGCUCAAGUAUUUCGUAACGGUGCUAACUUUCCUGCCUUUACAUUUAUGAACCACGCAGAGACUGAAGCAUUUGGUAAAAUGGUUAAGAGAAUGGGUUUCAGAGUGGGAGGACUCCCUCACUAUACAAUAUGGCAUAUCUAUGAGCCUAGUCAGGAUGAUUUACAAGAGAUCUCCAAGUUAGAGAGAAAGAAAAGACGGUUUGGAAGCAGCAAGUAG